UCGACAUGCGCAGUUUAAAAGAAGAAGGAGCCUCAGAAGUGAAGGCGCAAAAUCCCGUGUGCUAGCAUCGCUAGCUAGCAGUUUUGAAUUUAUAAACAACAUGGACUGUAAUCAGACCUGGUUGAGUCCAGUGGUUCGGGACACUGAGGUGACCCGUGCUGCCCGCAGAAAGAGUUCGCAUAAAAAGGUUGGAUUCCCACUGGCACAGGAUGACAGUCCUGGCACCAGCACUACCCCUGCUAGACCACUACUGCGCCAAACACCUGGAUCUCUCCUCAAACAAACUUUCACUCCAAGAAGUGCCCUCAGGAACCCAGAUGUGUCAGCCAUCCUCGGGACAGGAGGCAGAACUCCUCGCUUCAUCAACACACCCCGGACCAAAGGCAGUCUGAGCAUGAACUUGGAUGACAGUGAUUGGACGAACAGUCUUUUCCCGUCUCCUUUGUCUGGGUUGGUGGACACCAGCUUCACUGAGGAUGUCAGCAUGAGCGCUAUCAUGCUAAAGGAAGAUGAUCCCGGAGAGGCUGCUUCUCUCAGUUUGUUUCCUGAAUUUCUGCAGUCAUAUUUGCGUCAUGCGUCCACAGCUAUGUUUGAUCUUUUAGAGGAAUAUGAGGCUCUCUGUCAGGAUAAGGUUAGUAUGUUGCAGAAAAUGGUUCUUCGAUCAGCUCCUGGUCAGCAGAAAUCCUCCAAGACAGUCAGCAUUACCUGGUUGCUGCAGCAAGAGAUGGUGACAUGGAGACUCAUAACCUCACUGUACAGAGACAGAGUCCAGACAGUUUUAGAAGAAGACAUCAUGAUGGAUAUAACUAUGCCCACUGAGAGUGAGAAGGCAGUAAUGGAGCAGUUCUUCCAAAAGGACAGUAUGGUGCGACAGAGCCAGCUGGUGGUGGAUUGGUUGGAGAGUAUCGCUAAAGACGAGAUAGGAGACUUCUCUGAUAACAUUGAAUACUAUGCCAAAUCUGUGUACUGGGAGAACACACUCCACACUCUGAAGCUGAGGAGGAAUCAGUCCAGCGGUGGAUUCAGCAGGCCGCUAGUCACAGAACUGGAUCCAGAUGCUCCCAUCAGACAGAAGAGACCACUGGCAGACCUAGACAGAGAGGAUGACGCUCGCCUGCUCAAAAACCUCUUUAACCUCAUACGAGCUGGCAUGACUGAUGAGGCUCAGAGGCUGUGUAAACGCUGUGGUCAAGCCUGGCGUGCUGCCACUCUGGAAGGCUGGAAACUGUAUCACGACCCCAAUAUCAACGGAGGAGGUGGAGAGCUUCAGGCAGUGGAGGGGAAUCCUCAUCGAAGCGUAUGGAAGGUUUGCUGUUGGAGAAUGGCAGAGGAGGAACAGUUCAACAAAUACGAAAGAGCCAUCUAUGCUGUACUGAGUGGAAACCUCAAACAUCUGUUACCCGUGUGUGAGUCGUGGGAGGACACAGUGUGGGCGUAUUUCCGGGUGAUGGUGGACACUCUGGUAGAGCAGGAGAUCUGUUCUUCUGGUCUGGGCAGUGAAGAGCUGGAGGAGCUGCCCAGAGAGUUCCUGGAGACCAAUUGGACAUUGGAGAAAGUCUUUGAAGAACUACAAGCAACAGAAUCCAAAAGGGUUCUGGAUGCAACCAAGGAACAUUACCAUGUGAUUCAGAAGUUUGUCAUUCUUGGAGAUCUUGAUGGUCUUCUGGAGGAGUUCAGUGAUUGGUUGGGAAGAAGUACACCUUUGCCGGCUCAUUUGUUGCGCUUCAUGUCACAUUUAGUGUUGUUUUAUCGCAGUUUGGGCAUGCAACUCAAGGAGGAGGUGUGUGUAGAUGUCCUGAAGGCCUACAUUUCCCUGUUAGUAAAGGAAAAGCAAGUGGAUCUCAUUGCAUUUUACGUCAGUCACCUCCCUGCUGACAUGGCCGUGUCACAAUACGCUCAGUUCCUGGAGGAAGUCAUUGAGACUGAGCAGCGCAAACACUGUCUGGAGCUGGCAACACAAGCAGGUUUGGAUGUGGCAGCGAUUACAAAAACAGUAGUAGAGACCAUCAGAGAGAGAGACACAGAUGAGUUUGCCCACCAUGACCUGACCCCUGCACUGGACACUGCAACUACAGCGGAGGAUCAGCAAAAGAUCGACGUCAUUGACUGGCUGGUGUUUGAUCCUGCCCAGCGAGCUGAAGCCCUAAAACAGAGCAAUGCUAUCAUGAGGAAGUUCUUAGCAUCUAAGAAGCAUGACGCUGCUAAGAUGGUCUUCGCGAAAGUGCCGGAAGAUUCCAUGCGGGAAAUCUACCGCCAGUGGGAGGAGCAGGGCAUGGACACGCCCCUUCCUGCCGAAGAGGAGAAUGCUAUUCGUGAGCAUCUGUGCAUACGUGCUUAUCUGGAAGCUCACGAAGCGUUUAAUGAGUGGUUCAAGCACAUGAACUGUCCUCCGGUGAAACCCACAGCACCUGCUCAAGCGAAGUUUACAGAGAAGGUGGCCCAUGAGAUGAAAGAAGCAGAGUACAAGAUAGAGUACGAGAACUGGCAGGGGCGUCUGGGAGCACUGACAGAGGAUGUGAAGGAGAGGAUUUAUAAUGUGCUGCUGUUUGUAGAUGGUGGCUGGAUGGUGGAUGUCAGAGAGGACGCUGAGGAAGACCCUGAGCGCGCUCAUCAGAUGACUCUGCUGCGGCGUUUGUGUCUGCCCAUGAUGUCAUUCCUACUGUUAACCGUACUGCAGCGCACUGAACGCCACCAGGAGAGUCUGCGUCUGGCUGACAUCAUCGCGUCUGACCAACACAGACUCUAUGAGGUUUUCUCUAAAGAGGAGCUGCAGAAGUUUCUGCAGAAGAUGAGGGAAUCCUCUCUACUUUUGCUGGAUAAAGGGCUGGAUCCACUUGGGUAUGAGAUUCAGCCCUAGACACUGUUUGUUUUGUCCUUGGAAAAAACAGAUUUGUAAUUUUGUAUUUGAAUAAAGAUGAGUUGUUUUGAAUUUGGUUAAUUGUUUAAAUGGAGAGGCUUUUUUUUUUUAUAAGUCAUACAAAUUUUUCAUCUGUCUUUUUGUUGUUUUGUUUUUUUGUUCAGUCACACAUAUUAAAUACAAUA